CCCUUUCUUCCCAUCCUUUCUCAUAAAUUAUGAGUUGUUCAGACAUCUUCUUGAAUCGUAACAGGUCCAGUCUGCUGCAAGAAACUCAAUGGCUAAAAACCUAACGGGGCAGCUUUUGCAGGAACCAGAGGAAGUCACAGCUUCAAUGAGGCCAGAUGAUGAAGCCCCGCAAGAAGAGAAACGAAGAGAGAGAAGACCUCCUCUUCUCGCCGUCAGUUUGGUUAGAAAAGCGACGAAUGUGGAUUCCUCCAUCAGCGUUGAAGAGAUGUGCAAUCGGAUCUAUCGUGGAGUGCUCAUGAACGAUAAUAAACUGAAGUUCUGGGUCGAUGAAGAUCUCGAAAAGAAUUGCUUCCUUUUGCUUGCUGAAGGGUUAUUUAUUGCUGGGGGCGACGAGACCGAGCACUGGGGUUGGACAAACGAGAAGGAACAAUGUUUUAGCAGCGAAGUAGAGAUACCCGUGGCAGAGCUGCUGGAUAUAUGCUGGCUAGAAUUUUCGGGCAAGUUCAAGACUAUCAAGCUCUCUCCGAAGACUACGUAUGAGGUCGCAUUCGUGGUGAAAAUGAGAGACGAUGGCAGCGGGUUGCACGGUCCAGUGAAUCUAACCCUCACUCUGCCGGAUGGAACCACGCAGGGACGCAUCGAGAAUAUGGAGGAGACGCCGAAGGGUGAAUGGAGAGACAUCCCUGUCGGAACAUUCAUGACGACUCCGCAGAAUGUUGGCGAGAUAAGCUUUUCCUACUGUCAAGUUAGUGGUCAUUGGAAGUCUGGACUCAUCGUCAAAGGGGCUGUCCUUCGACCAAAAGAUUAACCAUCAAAUCUAGGUGUUAUCUAAUGAACUGAUUAACACUUAAAUAAGUUUCUGUUGUUUGAUCAAGGUGAAAGUGCCUGGUGGAUCUGAUUUCUCUGAUAAACUGGUAUUUGCUUAUCUAGAUGUUGCUGUGUUUCACUAAAAUGUGUGAGUUUUUAAAAUGCUGGCCUACGACCACAAAAUGUUGUAGUUCACAGACGAU